UAAAUACAUAACAUUAAAUCAAUGAUUACACUAUUCAGUAAAAUAACCAUACCAGAACCGAAAUAAAUGAAUGGAGCGACAAUUUGCUGUGAAUUACGAGGAAGUUCGUCGAAUAAAUCAAUGUGUCAGUGACUAAUUGGACCUAUUAUUACUGUCCAUUACCUUUUACAGCAUGCCGGUUUGAUUAUCCGCCAUUAUUCACGGGUCGUACGCGCUUAAAUCUGAUCAACUAUUGUAAAUGUUUGGCAAAACAUCAAAAAAUCUAUUUUUGAAAGUAGACUGUUAUUGCGAGUGUUCCAAUUUUAAACAUUAUCUUCAUUUAAGUUUUAUAUUUUUAACCCGUACACGUGAAAAGAUUACUUGGUGGUACAUUAGCAUAAAAUAAGUCUGCGAUGUGGCGUGAACGUGUGUAUAACGGAACCCUGAGGCCGAAAAGCGACCGCGAGGAAGUCAUUACCGGAGAGUAUCUAAACGAUUUGCUUGGUGGACUUAACGUUACGGUUGGAACGGAUUACUCCACCAAGCUGUCAGAAGCACAUGAUGUGAAUUUCAUUACCACGGGUCUAUAUCUCGGAGACAAAUACACGGCCAAAGACAGGAGAUUUUUAGCAAGGACUGGGUUCACACACGUUCUAAACGCGGCCGAGGGUAUAGACGAAUAUCAAGUCAACACAAACCAACACUUUUACAGAAGUGCAAACAUCACAUAUUUAGGAAUACCUGGACAUGAUAGGCCUUCUUGGAAUAUUUCUGUUUAUUUCGACGAAGCGGCGAGGUUCAUCGAUCAGGCGGUGAAGAGCGGCGGGAAGGUGUUGGUACACUGUGUGGUUGGGAUUUCGAGGUCCGCAACAUUGGUUAUAGCGUAUUUGAUGAUUUGUAAAGGGAUGAACGCCGCUGAGGCUCUAGCGUACACUUUUAAAAGACGACGGGUGUAUCCCAACCAUGGGUUUUUGAAUCAUCUAGCGCAACUCAAUAACGUACUUAACAAAACGAGAGAACCAACUUUCAAAAGUUAUCUGUUGUAAGAGAAAACUUGUGAAUUCCAGGAAUUGAUCUUUUACUUAGAAGGUUCAUUUUGUAUCGGUUUCUGUACAUGACGUGGAUAAUAAAAAUAUAGUUUGAUA